CCAAAUCUGAAUCACGCAACACAACAGCAGUAACUCACCACCAUGUGCAUCGUUGUUUUCACAACCGCGCAUCCAGACUACUCGCUCAUUCUCAUCGACAACCGUGAUGAGUUCAUUCUGCGACCUACAUCUCGGCCGCACUGGUGGACGCAUCCCGAGUCGGGCAGCGAUGUUCUUUCCUCGCGGGACCUCCAGAGGGCAGCAAAGGGCACUUGGCUAGGCAUUACCAAGACCGGCAACUUGGCUGUGCUGACAAACUAUCGCGAGGUCGACAGCGAUGACGCUCAACACCCAGUGCAUGGCAUCAAAAGCCGAGGCCGCAUGGUUAACAUGUGGCUUGGAGGGCUACCGGACGAGGGAAUAAUGAAGGGCGUAAAUGAGCUUGUCCAAGAUGGCGGCGUCAAGGGCGUGGGAGGAUUUUCGAUGGUAUGUAGCAAGCUGAAACGAAAGAACGAAGGCAUCGCCAUUGUGAGCAACAGGGCUGCUGACGUGGAUGAUGUUCCUUUGGUCGGGCUUGAGCCGGAUGGCGUUUGGGGGCUGAGCAAUACGGUAUACAACGAUCCCAACGAGUGGCCCAAGGUAACUGCGGCAAAGCGUCUCCUGAAGGAGGUGGUAAUGGAGGCCGCGGCGAAGAAGUCUACUGAAGACGAUCUCAUUGCAAGCCUCUUCUCCGUCCUCGAUACGGAAUCCAUGCCGGAACGACCUUCAGGAUCAAGCUUGCAAGAGUAUAUGAACUUGAUGAGGCAUACCAUCUUCGUGCCCCCGGUUGGCGACGAAGUCAAUUGCACGGAGAUGGAAAAGGCCACUGCGAAAGGCCGCAUUUUAUGGGCAGAUCUCAAGCAUAAUCAAAAGGCGGUCGAAGAGCUCAAGCAAGAGUCAAGGCCAGGCAUCACCCCAAGCGCAAGCCCACAUCCGCCGAUGGGCUUUGAAGAGGGCAUGUAUGGAACGCAACGACAGACGGUGAUGCUGGUGGACAACGACGGCAACACGACAUACGUGGAGCGGGCUCUUUGGGAUGCCAACGGAAACGAGAUACCCCGAGGGGAAGGAGAUGUUGUUUUCCGGUUCAAAAUCGAAGGCUGGGACGAUUAGCUGUGGACGGACCUCUCUGAGGAGCAUCUUUAUGUAAUUGUGUUCGAGGCGAGAAGAGGAUAUAAUGCAUUGUGGGCGAUGUAUUGGGAAGAUCGCGGUGCAAAUGACAGCAAUAGACGGAGGAAGCUGGAUGCUGACAAUAGAGCAGCAAAGACGCACGGGAGAAAGGAGGCUGCAAGAGAGCUAUGUCAAAGAGAUAGAAAGAUUAACAUUUGAAUAAUUUGCUGCUGGCAAAGAUGGCGCUCAGCGGAAUAACUGCAAGACCGGCGCCUCUGCAGAUGGCAAGGUUGCCGGGCACCUGCCAGAUGCCAGUUUCUGCCAAAGUGCUUUUUCGCAUCUGCUUCAGUCACGCGUCAGUCCUACGAAUCGACUCGCAGUAGACAGAGACGCGUCCUGGACGGGGUUUCUCUCCAAACAAGCCUGUCGUUUAGGCGCCGCCUCUUGCCUCUCAGCUGUAUCGCUUAACGAGCAUGCAGCUCGAUGUUGCUGCAAGCCACGCAUAUAACGCGAUAUCACGACUCCCCCAAUUCUUUGGCACCUGGAUAUCACCAGGCCCGGCGUUUCUUUCCAGAUCAUAUUCAUCUCGCCAUUCCGUCUCGACCUUUCCCAUGGUCUCUCCUCUUUGUGCCUUGUCCUUUCAGCAUAUCACUCUCGACUAGGAUUGGCUGCCCGGCUCGACAGCUCGCUGCUUUAAAUAGGCAGCUCUUGUGGUAGGCAGAGCUGCCUUUUUAGAAGAUCGAACAAGGAAAAGACAAACAGCUUGUUGGUAAUUUUAUCUCUUCCUGUGCUCUCCUUUGACUUCCGCUGAACGCCAAUGAUCCUCCAGCGUUGUAUCUAGAAUUCAUUUCUUUCUUUAAUAACACCUACUUGAACACCAUUAGAACUCUGCUCUUCAAUAGCCAUUGUUGCAGC